UUCCCAUCUCCCCAAUUGCUUCGUGAAAUUUCAAUUCUCUCUUUUCUCCGCUGACCGCUAGUUACUUCUCAAUUAUUUCUCAGCGUAAACAACACCACGACAACAACAUGCCCGGUUUCUCGCAGGCGUCGGACCUUUCCGCGUGGAGUGCUCUUCAGGAUCACCAUCAGAAGCUUGGGAAGGAUAUUAUCCUGAAAGAGUACUUCCAGAAGGACCCUCAGCGGUUCCAGAAGUUCUCCCGCACCUUCCACAAUGACGCCGACAACACCGAUAUCCUCUUUGACUUCUCCAAGAACUUCAUUACCGAAGAGACUCUGAAGCUACUCGUUGAGCUUGCAAAAGAGGCGAACCUCGAACAGCUCCGUGAUCAGAUGUUCGCGGGCGAGAAGAUCAACUUCACCGAGAACCGCGCCGUCUACCACGUCGCUCUCCGCAAUGUUUCCAAUCAACGCAUGCAGGUUGACGGAAAGAGCGUGGUCGAGGGUGUCAACGAGGUGCUGCAGCAUAUGAAGGAGUUCAGCGAGCAGGUCCGAAGUGGCGAGUGGAAGGGCUAUACCGGAAAGCGGAUAAACACCAUCAUCAACAUUGGCAUUGGCGGCUCUGACCUCGGACCAGUCAUGGUCACAGAAGCUCUCAAGGCUUAUGCAGACCGCAACCUGAAGAUGCAUUUCGUCUCCAACAUUGAUGGCACCCACAUUGCCGAGGCUCUGCGGGACUCCAACCCCGAGACCACCCUCUUCCUCAUUGCGUCCAAGACUUUCACCACUGCUGAGACCACGACCAAUGCCAACACGGCAAAGUCGUGGUUCCUGAAGAGCGCAAAGCAGGAGGACAUUGCGAAGCACUUUGUUGCUCUCUCGACAAACGAGGAGGAGGUUACCAAGUUUGGCAUCGAUAAGAAGAACAUGUUCGGAUUCUCUGACUGGGUUGGCGGCCGUUAUAGCGUGUGGAGCGCGAUUGGGUUGAGUGUGGCUCUCUACAUCGGCUAUGACAACUUCCACCAAUUCCUCGCCGGUGCUCAUGCCAUGGACAAGCACUUCAAGGAGACACCGCUUGAGCAGAACAUCCCCGUGCUUGGUGGCCUUUUGAGCGUUUGGUACUCCGACUUCUUCGGUGCUCAGACGCAUCUUGUCUCCCCUUUCGACCAAUAUCUCCACAGGUUCCCUGCCUACCUCCAGCAAUUGUCCAUGGAGUCCAACGGCAAGGCCAUUACCCGCAGCGGAGAUUAUGUCAAAUAUACCACUGGUCCGAUAUUGUUUGGUGAGCCUGCCACGAACGCCCAACAUUCGUUCUACCAGCUUCUCCACCAGGGAACGAAACUCAUUCCCACUGAUUUCAUUCUGGCUGCCCAGAGCCACAAUCCGGUCGAGAACAACAAGCAUCAGAAGAUGCUUGCAUCCAACUUCUUCGCGCAGGCGGAGGCACUGAUGGUUGGCAAGACACCAGAGCAGGUGAAGGCAGAGGGCGCCCCGGAGAACCUUGUGGCGCACAAAACGUUCCUUGGUAACAGACCGACCACGUCCAUUCUUGCGGAUAAGAUCACGCCGGCCACGCUCGGUGCCUUGAUUGUCUACUAUGAGCACCUCACGUUCACCGAGGGUGCCGUGUGGAACAUCAACAGCUUCGACCAGUGGGGCGUCGAAUUGGGCAAGGUCUUGGCCAAGAAGAUCCUGGCUGAGCUUGACGAGGCCGGCGAGUCCACCUCCCAUGAUGCCAGCACCAGCGGCCUUAUCAACGCCUUCAAGAAGAAGGCGCAAUUGUAGAUGGGUCUCCAACCCAUCUCAAAUACCUUAUGACUGAUGGCA